CCCCGAGCUCUGCAGGGCCUGAGCAUCCUGCUGUGCCCCUUGGGAGGAACACGGUCCUGGGUCCUGUUCCUCUGAGUACAGCGGGUGCCUGCCGAGUACGCGCUGUGUGUGAGCUGGAGUGCGGAGCGUGCGUCACAGUCGCUGGUCGGCUGCGGUCCGCAGGGCCUGUUUCCCAGCCCUGCGCCCCCGGUCUGCCCUUUGGCGAGUUCCGUGGCCGCGCUCGGCAGCCUCACUUCUGCCCGGGCCACUGGUUCCUGGCAGAACACCAAGAGAGCACACAGCCUUCCGGCCAGUCGGCUCUGCUAGCAGUUGGGUGCGCUGGGCACCCUGGCGGCCAGAGCCUGCUGCCCCUUGGACAUGAGUGGACCGGACGCCUGCUCCCCUGCCCAGGUGGCUCGAGGCAGCCGGGAUGUCAGCUCUUCCCAAGAACCCUGCUUCCCGCUGAGAAACAUGAUCAGCAAGUCCCCCCCUCUGUGCCUGUGCCCCGCAGGCUGCAAGCUCCUGGCCAUGCUGGCACUGGUCCUGGUCAUCAUGGUGUUGUACUCCAUCUCCCGGGAAGACAGGUACAUUGAGCUUUUUUAUUUUCCAAUCCCUGAGAAGGAGGAGCCGUGCCUGCAGGGUGAGGCAGAGAGGAAGGCCUCUAAGCUCUUUGGCAACUACUCUCGGGAUCAGCCCAUCUUCCUGCGGCUAAAGGAUUAUUUCUGGGUGAAGACGCCCUCUGCCUACGAGCUGCCCUACGGGACCAAGGGGAGUGAAGACCUGCUCCUCCGGGUCCUAGCCAUCACCAGCUACUCCAUUCCGGAAAACCUCCAGAGCCUCAAGUGCUGCCGCUGCGUGGUGGUGGGCAACGGGCACCGGCUACGCAACAGCUCGCUGGGAGAGGCCAUCGACAAGUACGACAUGGUCAUCAGGUUAAACAACGCCCCCGUGGCUGGCUACGAGGGCGACGUGGGCUCCAAGACCACCAUGCGCCUCUUCUACCCGGAGUCCGCCCACUUCAACCCCAAGGUGGAGAACAACCCCGACACACUCCUCGUCCUGGUCGCUUUCAAGGCGAUGGACUUCCACUGGAUCGAGACCAUCCUGAGUGACAAGAAGCGGGUACGGAAAGGCUUCUGGAAACAGCCUCCCCUCAUCUGGGACGUGAACCCCAAACAGAUUCGGAUUCUCAACCCCUUCUUCAUGGAGAUCGCAGCUGACAAACUGCUGAGCCUGCCAAUGCAGCAGCCACGCAAGAUUAAGCAGAAGCCCACCACAGGCCUGCUGGCCAUCACCCUGGCCCUCCACCUCUGCGACAUGGUGCACAUCGCCGGCUUUGGCUACCCGGACGCCCACAACAGGAAGCAGACCAUUCACUACUACGAGCAGAUUACGCUCAAGUCCAUGGCGUUUGCUUCCUUGGCUGCCUCCGCAGGGCUCAGGCCACAACGUCUCCCAGGAGGCCCUGGCCAUCAAACGGAUGCUGGAAAUCGGAGCAGUCAAGAACCUCACUUACUUCUGACUUGGGCAGGAGCUGCACCCAUCGGUCUGCCCGCUCUGCUACCUGAGCAGCCCCCAGCCAUAGCUGUGGGGGUGCCUGUGCUAGCAUGGCCAGCUUGGACUCCCCCUCGCCUGUGUGUGGGGGGGGUCCCGGGACUGGCCAGGCCCAAGAGGAGGCCAUGCCCAGCUGCUCUGUGGAGGCCAGCUCGCCAGGAUGGAGGCCGGGGGCGGUGGGAGCCCAGCGGAGGAACGGGGCCCGCGGCUGCCUGUCCGCGCCGGGAGGUUAUUUAAUGGGCUAUUUAAUUAAUGGGAAGAAAGUGCUGUGGGCUGGUCCCGUGGCAUCCAGAAAAAGGGCAUAUACAGUGUCCGGACCAUUUUUUAUAAAAACACAAACAAGAGGGGCCCACUGAGGCCUAGACCCAGAGCAGGCCUCCCCGGAGGGGGGUUGUCUGGAGCGGGUGGGGGUCCUCCCGAGGGGGGCUGCUCCUCCCAGCGGGCGUGGGAAGAGCAGUGGUGGGGUGUUCCCUGGAGAAGGAACCUCAUCUAGAAAAGAGGUACCAAACAAAUUAAACUAUUUUUCCUAAAACAAA